CGUAAGUCGGCAUUCAUGGCCGCCUUUCCAGUCAAAGCCUCGCCCAGACUCCAUCUUGUUGAAGCAGGAGCACCGGUCCUGUCAUCGAUAGGGGCUUCAAUAAAUCAUCUUGAGCACAGCAAAACUGCGACAACAGAAGAAACAACCAGGAACUCUGAAGUGAAAAGUCCCGUUGAAGUCAGACAGAAAUUGCAGGUUUUUGUCCGAGGUCUCCUCUUACCAAAGACACUUUGCCUGCAACUGGAUCCGGGGACAUCCGUUUGUGACUUAAAGGCACUGGUUGAAAGUGAGAGUGGCAUCAAGCCUGAAAAUCAACAUCUUUACAUCGGGAGAAACUUUCAGCUUUGUGACCUACUCUCCAUUCGCGACCAUGGGAUACAGCAAGACCAGAACAUCAAACUUCGCGUUGGCGGCUUGUUAGGCGGUGGAUCAUUAGGUAACUAUAUCGGGGCAUGAACCUGUCUAAUCAGUUAAAUUGAGU